CAAGCAAUCUCUUCUAUCUUCGAAGAGCAAAAUCUCUCUCUCACCUACCAAGUACCAACAUCAUCCUCGGAUCCAUCGAGCUGUAGCUGUAGCCAUGGAGUUCACCCCGAGCGAGCUGAUCCAGUUCAACGGCACCGACCCUUCCAAGCCCAUCUACGUGGCCAUCAAGGGCCGGGUCUUCGACGUCACCGCCGGCAAGUCCUUCUACGGCCCCGGCGGGGCCUACGCCGCGUUCUCCGGCAAGGACGCCAGCCGGGCCCUCGCCAAGAUGAGCAAGAACGACGAGGACGUCUCCGCUUCCCUCGACGGCCUCUCCGACAAGGAGAUGGGCGUCCUCGACGACUGGGAGAAGAAGUUCGAGGCCAAGUACCCGGUUGUCGGCCGCGUCGUCGCCUCCUCUUGAAAGUCCCUUGAAAAUCUCUACUCGAGAUAUUAGAUGCUGAUGCUCGUUAUGUAUAAUUACUCUCUUUGUCUUGUCUUGUUGUUACUGGAGUUCCUCGUAUGGUAUAAUAAGGCUUCCGUUGUGUCGUUUGGGUGAAUAUGACGGAUGGAUAUUCGAUAUGGAUUGUAAUGUCUUAAGGCUUUUGACCGUUAAGUAAGAUUUGCGCUAGUAAGGAAAAUGAAGAAGAUGUUGGUUGUCUGAU